AUGAAUACCUGGCCUAUUUCGCCAACCGAAGCCACAAGCGAGGAUUUACCUGACGCUAGCACCUCGACACAGACGACCCGCGACAACGUCAACGAACAGCGUGCGCGCUCUCCGAGUUCGUCGGCGACCUCCAGUUCCUACGAAAUGCAUGAUGCACUUCCAAUCCGCCUACAACGCCUGCUUGACGAGAUUGAUGACGAAGAUCAAUACAAAGACAACAUCUUUCUGGCAGAGCGAGAAGCUUACCUCAAUCAUCGCAAUAACGCCAAGUUCGAGUACAUAAUAGUGGACGGAUCCAAGCAGAUCAAGCUCAAGACUAGGUACUACCACAACGUGGGCAAGUGUAAGUCUGGUCGAGCAGGCGGAGUAGUCAUUGGUACUGGGGGCCCGUUGUCGCACUGGACAAUCAUGGCACGGCAUGCAUCGCACACGCCAGAAAAUUUCCACACAUGGAAUGGUGUCCACAUUGGCUACAGUGCGGGGUGUCCUGUCACGAAACAAGCUGGCACUCCCAACCGACCAAAGACCAAGAAGCGGGCAAGACAACCCAGUCUAUCAGACACCUCCAGUGCUUUCUCGGACCCAAUAAGGCACUCCAAACCAGCGAAGACAUCUAGCUCUGCCUACAAGACCCUGAUGACUCCAGUCUUCAAAGAUCUCUGCAGCGACCAUCCACAUCUGCAGGGAGAGGUACAAAAGAUCGCUGCGAGUCCCAAAGACUGGAUGAAGCGCAUACUCUUCCGUAAGCAGCACAUGACGGGUCCUAGUGAAACAGGAUCGGGGCUGGACCCACCUAUGCAGUACUUCCAGGCAAGUACGGCCAAUCCAUCAAAGCCGCUGAAAAAGUCACCAUACAAUGACGCCUUCAAGAUCAUCAAGUGCGGCAUGGGUAGAGAAUACAAUGCCCUGGCAGCAGUUCGCGCUCAGCAACAGCCUGUACCGUCUGAUCAAAACUUCGGAAUCGAGCAGUCCCACGCCUCUGUAAUGUCAUCGCCAGCCGAGCCAGUACCGCCUCUUUCGGAAACCCCUUCCUCGCCAUCUGCCUCCUGUCCGCCACAGGCUCGACCACCAAUCAUGCAGGCCGCUGCGGCGUAUCUUGGACCCCAUACCAUCGCUACUGGUCACCAGUCAGGACCCUCAAACCGUCCACCUUCGUCCGCCGUUGGCAAUGAAUCACCCGCUGCCAGCACCACACGGUGUUCGACCUGGCGAGGGAUCAUAGUCGAAAUGCGCGCAUACCCAGGAGAUCCGCGCCGAAGACUAGACUGGGACUUGCUACUUCACGAAGAUUUCACCGCAGCCUGGCAGAAGCAUUGGACUUUCCCAUUACCGAAUGGUGGGGAGAUCAUUGGGCCGCUGACAGUCGAUCUGGAAGCCAAGAACCGCAACGGCAGCGCCAUUGUCGACGAAAGCGGAGUUAUCGACGGAUACUGGCCUGAUUGGCACGGGCUAGUGGAGGAGAUCAAGCGAAAGAUCGAUGGGCUGUUGAGGGCUUGCAGCAUUGGGCUAGAAGACUUGAUGGGACCUGCUGGAGGCAUCGGGUCUGUCAGUGGCAAGCACGGCAAGCAGACGCAGUUUGCGGACGACGACGACGACGACGAUGUCGCCUAUGUCUUGGUCAUCAUGCGGCGACGGGAGUAA